GUUCACAGGCUGUGUGAGUAUUAGCGCUGAACAUGUCUGAGAUCAUCUGUACAAAUCUAAAAUAAUCCUCCCGUGUGUUUAUAAUUACACGAAAUUCUGACAGUUAUUAAGUGUUUAGGAUCCGCCGGGAAAAUGCCGCGCAAAAUCGAAGAGAUUAAAGAUUUCCUGCUGACGGCCAGGAGGAAGGACGCCAAGUCUGUUAAGAUCAAGAAGAACAAGGACAAUGUGAAGUUUAAGGUGCGCUGCAGUAGGUACCUGUACACGCUCGUCAUCACAGACAAGGAGAAGGCUGAGAAGCUCAAACAGUCUCUGCCACCUGGUCUGGCUGUGAAGGAGCUGAAGUAAACACUUCACUUGUACAAAAAAAUAAAUAAUAAAAAUUUGUAAAAUCAA